AAUUCAAUAAAAUACAAUCAUAGACUGUGACCUGUAUAACACUAGAUUACUAGAUAAUGCUAGUCUAGUUUAGAUCUAGAUAUACCGGUACUAUGACAUAGAUCUAGAAUCUAAUCUAGACAUGAUACAUCAUGGUAUGCUUAUGAAGUUUGAUAGUAUAAGUACAACUGAAAUCGAAGUCCAAAUAUUUCAUAAAGAAUUAUUUAUUUGCUUCGAUGACAUUUUAAGGAAUGUCUCUUAGAAGUAUUACUGAUUUAGCGGAUGGUGUAAUGAUUGAUGGAGACCAGCAGGAAACUUUAUUGCCACCCGAUGAGUUCGAUUUUGAAAAAUUUAAUCGUGGGAGACAGUUUUUUGUACAAAAUGUUUUCAGCUGUACUGUUGCUAUGUAUUUUUCUCUAAUUGCUGGUUUGAGCAUCCCUAAUCUUUUAAAUGCAUUGGUUUUUACGAAUGAAUCUAGCACUCCGCAAAAGUCUUUUCACAGGUACCUAAAGACUUUUCACCAUGUAGCUAGUUGGCAUUAUAAUGAUGUCUGGGACCUAAACUCUGCAGCUUAUAAGUCUAUACAGUAUGUCAGGAAGAAGCACAUGGAUGUGCGAAACCAAAUGCACUUGCAAAGUCAUAAUAACAAGAUAAGGUUUCUGUCUCAAUAUGAUAUGGGUAUUGUUCAAAGUGGUUUUGUGGGUUUAAUAAUAUUGUAUGCAGAGAAUUUUGGAAUCAAAUGCAAAGAAUCAGAUUUAGAUGAUUAUGUUUACUUUUGGUAUGGGAUCGGCCAUUUAUUAGGUAUACAGAAGAAAUAUAACAUCUGUGCACAUGGCUUCCAUCAGGCCAAAAGAUUUUGUAGAGAUGUGGAGUUUGAUGUAAAACACAGAUAUUUACAUGAUCCGCCCAUAGAGUUUUUUACUUUGAUGCAUGCCUUGAUAAGGGCCUUUAACCCGAUCCAGUGGGUGUACAUCUUUACUUUUCCAGUUGUUCUCAAAUUAUUUCAUUGUUUAGACAAUUACAAAUGGCUACAUAUUAGUUUCUUUGAUUAUUUACGUUUCUACAUGUUAAAAUUAUUUUUCUUUAUCAUGAGACACAGUGAUAAAUUUAAACGCCUGUUAAACCACAAAUUUGAACAAGAUUUCCAUUUGCAGCCUCAACCCACAAAAACUUUGGAGAUUGAAAAGUCCAGUUGAAAUAUAUUUUUUUUUUAGUUUUGUAUUAGUUAACUUAUUAACAGCUUUAACUGUUAAUUCCAUAUAAUUGUAUGGGCAGCCAGCAAUAAACUGGAAGGCUGAAAAAGUUAUUUACUAUUCAUAUUUUAAGUUAUAAGAGCUGUGAUAUUACUUUGACCACCUAUGUACAUUGUAAUUCCAUGUUACAGUGCAGAACUUUAUUUAAAGAGUGUUUCUGAUAUUCUAGUUUUUAUUGUGCAUUAUUUUCACUUAAUUGGCAAAUUAUUUUUUUUACAUUAGAAAAACAAGUGUCUUCAUUAUAAUAUCUGAGAGGUAAAGUUGGUUAAAUCCAAGAAAUUUUCAGUGAUCAUCAAGUGCACAGUGUAGUGAUUAAGAUUUACUAUUUAAAAUGAUUUCUUUUUGUGUCCUACAUUUUUUCCUUAUGAACUUUUAGCUUAAUAUAUUAGUGCUAAUUCUACUUAUGAACUUUUUAUUUUUGUUAGUGUUAGUGAAUGUUAAAAGAUUCAUCAUUUUUUUUACAAAAGGCAAAUGGUUUGUUGGUUUUUAAUUUUAUUAUGCUUAAUUAUAUACUGCUGAAUACGUUUGUGUAUGGAGUAUCUUUUGUUCACUAAAAUUAAACUGAACUGUGUACAUUUUGAUACCCUAUUAUGUUUAAUCAAAAUUAAAAUUUUUAAAAUGAAAA